AUGAAGGUGCCGGCCGCCGCCCACGUCGAGUCGGCCGAGCCGUUGACGACGAUGCCAGCGCCCAAGAGCAAGACCAAGGUGACACUCGAGGGCACGCAGGGCACGCUGCUGGCGACGCUCUACGCGCGCUACCUCGACGCGGGCCUGGCGCGGCCCGUGCUCGGGGACCGGUGGGCGGCCUACGUGGUGGACCAGAUCGAGUGGGACUGGGCCCGGUUCCGGUUCAGCAAGUUCUUCUGCUACCUGAUGGGCCUGCGGGGGAGGCAGGUGGACGAGUGGACGGCCAGGUUCCUCGAGAAGCACAAGGACACGGGGGCGACCAUCGUCCAUCUGGCUUGCGGCCUGGACGGCCGUGUGUACAGGUUCAUGGACGCCAACGGCGGCUGCCUGCCGGCCAAGAUGCGCUGGAUCGACGUGGACCUCCCGGACGUGGUGCCGCUGCGCAGGAAGCUGCUGCCCAAGCCGCGGGCGUCUGCCGAGACGGGCGGGAGCUACACGCUGACGGCGUCGUCGGUGCUGGACCGCGACUGGCAGCAGUCGAUCCCCGCGGAUCGACCGACGCUGCUAAUCUCCGAGGGUCUGGCCUUCUACCUCGAGCCCGGGGCGGGACGGUACAUGUUCCACGACCUGACGGAGCGCCUCCGGGGCGUGGGCGGCGAGGUGGUGCUGGACUGCAUUGGUAGCAAUGUGGUUUGGUGGCAACGAUACAACAUCUUCAACGCGGUCAAGGCCGUCAACGCAAAAUUCACCUGGGGCAUCGACAGCGGGCGCGAGGUGGCGCAGUGCCACCCGUCGCUGCGGGUCGAGGACGACCUGAUCUGGGCGCGGCUGCCGGGCACGAAGAGGAUGGACUGGCUGAACCGGUUCCUCCUCUGGCUGACGCGCGGGCCAGUGCCGACCAUGGGCCGCCUUGUCAGGCUCUCGUUCGAAGCCGAGGGGAAGGCGCCUGCUGCCGUGGGGGGUGACGAUGAGGCACAGCAGUGA